AGUUUCCAGUUUGAAUGCGACCGGCGUGUAGUUCGUGUCGUCAUCGCCGCUCUGUCGCCUUUGUCGCUUUUGUCGUUUGUCGCCGUCGUUUACCGUUUUGUCGUUUGUCGUCUGCCGCUUUAUUCGUCGUUUGUUGCUUUCCCCCCUCGUUCGUCGUGUUUCGGCUCUCUCUUUCACCUCCUAAUUCACCGGAUUCCCUUUUGUGCUCUUUUUUUUGCGUUCUCCUUUUUGCUAUUAAAGAAUUUUUUGAAAACAACAACAAGAAGAAGAAGGAUAAGAGAGUGCUAGUGAACAAGUCAACCCCCUCCCCAAAACAAAAAAAAAAAAAAAAAUAACAAAAUCAAAUAUACAAACAAGUACCUGUCGAACAAAAGUAAAGAAAACCAUCUAAGGACAUUCUCGAGAGAUCCCUAACACAGAGAUCGCCGUGGGAAAUCAAUUCUGCAUGACGCACUCGGUUGUUUGAAACGGUUAUGUGAUGAGAUACGACGUCCAGGAGCUGCUACUUCAUCAGUCUGCUGAGGAUCCAUUCGCUAGAUUUGCCAAUGGGAUGGCAUAUCAUCCAUUUCUGCAGCUAACGCAACGACCCACUGACUUCAGCGUAUCCUCGCUGUUGACGGCGGGUAGUAAUACUAAUAAUAGUAAUAAUAGUAACAACAACAGCAGUGGAAACACCAACUCGAACAACAAUUCCAACAACACCAAUAGUAACACCAACAAUCUUGUGGCCGUUUCACCAACGGGUGGUGGUGCGCAGUUAUCGCCGCAGAGCAACCACAGCAGCAGCAACACCACCACCACCAGCAACACCAACAACUCUAGUUCCAACAACAACAAUAAUAAUAAUAACAACAACAAUAAUAAUAAUAAUAACAACAACCAUACAAAUAAUAAUAAUAACACGAAUCAAAAACAAGGACACCACUUGAGCACCACCGAAGAAACAACAUCGCCAGCUGGGACACCACCACCACCGCCCACAAUUGUUGGUGUACCGUCAAUACCACCGCCCAACAACAGCAGCAGCAACAACAACACAGCUGCCCAUCCGUCGCACCACCCAACAACAACAGCUGCAGCCAGGGAGGCUCAUCACUCACCAAAUACGGGUGCCGCUGCACCACCCACUGGCGUAACGGGUCUACCGCCACCCACACCGCCGCACCACCUCCAGCAACAACAGCAGCACCAGCAGCAGGCACCACCACCACCACCGCCCUACUUUCCCGCUGCGGCACUGGCCGCUCUAGCUGGCAGUCCGGCCGGACCGCAUCCGGGCCUCUAUCCCGGCGGUGGCCUACGCUUUCCGCCCCACCACCCCGGUGCCCACCCACACGCCCACCAUCUGGGCAGCGCCUACACCACCGCCGAGGACGUCGUCCUUGCCUCGGCCGUCGCCCACCAGCUGCAUCCGGCGAUGCGACCGCUGCGGGCCCUGCAGCCCGAGGACGACGGGGUCGUCGACGAUCCCAAGGUCACGCUGGAGGGCAAGGACCUGUGGGAGAAGUUCCACAAGCUGGGCACCGAAAUGGUCAUCACCAAGAGCGGCAGACAAAUGUUUCCGCAAAUGAAAUUUCGUGUUUCGGGACUGGAUGCCAAGGCUAAAUACAUCUUGCUACUGGACAUCGUGGCGGCGGACGAUUAUCGUUAUAAAUUUCAUAAUAGUCGCUGGAUGGUGGCUGGGAAAGCGGACCCCGAGAUGCCAAAACGCAUGUAUAUCCAUCCAGAUUCGCCCACAACGGGUGAGCAAUGGAUGCAGAAAGUUGUUUCAUUUCACAAAUUAAAAUUGACCAACAAUAUUAGUGAUAAACAUGGAUUUGUAAGUACUACGAUCCUGAACUCGAUGCACAAGUACCAGCCGCGUUUCCACCUGGUGCGAGCCAAUGACAUCCUGAAGCUGCCGUACUCCACGUUUCGCACGUACGUCUUCAAGGAGACCGAGUUCAUCGCCGUCACUGCAUAUCAAAAUGAGAAGAUAACUCAAUUGAAAAUCGAUAACAAUCCCUUCGCAAAGGGCUUUCGUGAUACUGGUGCUGGAAAGCGGGAAAAGAAUUGUUACAGGCAGGCGUUGAUGUCGAACCGAGGGUCCGAUUCGGACAAGCUAAACCCCACGCAUGUGAGCAGCUCGCGGGCACCGCUCCACCUGGGCCACGCCGGUCGUCCGCCCCAUCUGCAUCCCCAUGCCGGAUUGCUGGACAACCAGCAGGACGACGACGACAAGCUCCUGGACGUCGUGGGUCCGCCGCAGAGUCCGCUCCUGCCGCUCAGCCACUCGCUGCAGCAGAUGCACGCCCACCAGCACUCCGCCUUGGCCGCCUGGUUCAAUCACCUGGCCGGAGCGGGAGCCGGCGCCUCGGAGCACGCCGCAGCGGCGGCCGCCAAUGCCAGUGCGGAGGAUGCACUGCGUCGCCGCCUGCAGGCGGAUGCGGACGCGGAGCGCGAUGGCAGCGACUCGAGCUGCUCGGAGAGCGUCGGCGGGAGCACCGGCGGUGCCUUUAGGCCCACCUCGACGGGCAGUCCCAAGGAGGCGGUGGUGGGCGCGGCUGCCGCAGCGGCUGCCCUCAAUGCCGGCGGCGGUGGCGGCGGCAGCUACCCAUCGCCGAAUAUAUCGGUGGGUCCGCCGAUCCACCCGUCGCCGCACCUGUUGCCUUACCUCUAUCCCCACGGCCUCUAUCCGCCGCCGCACCUGGGCCUGCUCCACAAUCCCGCAGCGGCAGCGGCCAUGAGUCCGGCCGGCCUCAAUCCCGGCCUGCUCUUCAAUGCCCAGCUGGCGCUGGCCGCCCAGCAUCCGGCCCUGUUUGGCCACGCCUACGCGGCGGCGGGACACACGCCGGUCUCGCCGCUGCAGGGCUUGAAGAGCCACCGCUUCUCGCCGUACAGCUUGCCGGGCAGCCUGGGCUCCGCCUUUGAUGCAGUCACGCCCGGCUCGAAUGCCAAUCGCUCGGGUGACCCGCCCGGAAUGCCAGCCGUGGAGAAUGGCCCCCGGAGCUUGAGCUCCAGUCCGCGACCUCGGCCCGCCUCCCACUCGCCGCCCACGCGACCCAUCUCCAUGUCACCCACCACACCACCUUCGCUGAUGAAGCGUGGCGCUGGCGGUGGCGGCGGCGGUGGCGGUGGCGGUGGCGGUGGGGUGUCCCAAUCCCAGCACUCCCCUUCGGAACUCAAGAGCAUGGAGAAGAUGGUCAAUGGGCUGGAGGUGCAGCACAAUGGUAGUGCGGCGGCGGCGGCAGCAGCACUUCAACUGGCCGAGGAGGCUGCUCAGCACCACCAUCACACCACCCAGGAGCACCACUCAGUGCAUGCGCAUUCGCAUUCGCACUCGCACCAUCAGCAGCAGCAGCAGCAGCAGUCGCACCACCAGCAGCAGCAGCAGCAGUCACACCACCACCACCAGACGCACCUCCAUUCGCAAUCGCAAUCGCAUCAUGGAGCGAGUGCGGAUCAGUGACAAUUACUGGACGGCCGCUCCGAUUGCGAGGAUGCCGGCCUGGAACUGGAGCUCGAGCUGGAGCUGGAGGAGGAUGUCGAGGAGCAGGAUGAUGGGGAUGAGCACAAUGAGGACGAGGAUCGCAGCUCGGUGAUCGAUCUCGAUCUAGAUGUCGACGUCUGACCGCGAACGGACAUACGUAGCAGGCUCUAGCCCCCGAAAUUCAUGGCCACCAACACCACCAUCACCAGCACCACCAGCACCACCGUUCUUGUGGUUUAGUGUGCCGCCGAAUCGAGUCGAGUAGAGUUGAGUCGAGUCGAGUGUGUUGUACAUAUAGCGAUCAGCGAUCAGCGAUGUGACCCUAGCAUGUAGGCAUUUGUAGCAUAUAGCAUUACAGACAGACACACAAGCAGACAGAGGUAGGAGAGCCCCCCCUUUUCCAGUCAAUCAGUCCGCUUCAAAUCGCCAGCCAUAAGUACAUUUUUUUUCUGUCUCGUUUCUAAGCAAAGCCUAGCCCCUAGAAAUCGCUGGCGAUUCGCAGGCAGAAUGAUUGACGGGGGAGCCCUGCGAGAGAAGCAAAAAAAUAACAAAAAAAAAAAAAAAAAGGGGACAAGUGGCAAGAAUGGACGAAACUUUUAGCGCCUUGAAGGGCCAACUCAAACCCUUCAAGAUCGAAUAAACAAAGGCAAAAACUAAAUACAAAAAAAAAAAAAAAACAGAAGUAAGGGGCAAAAAGAGAUUCCCUCAUACAAAUUUAUAAAGGCAUAUAUAAGAUAUGUAUCACCCAUAUAUGUAUAUUGAUUGGAUUGGAAAUAGCAACAUCAAAGAUGGCGCCUCUUUAUAUACAUCUAGAACACAUAUAUAUAUAAAACAAAAUAUAUAUAUAGUAUAUAUAGAAGCUGAUAUAUAUACAGAUUGUAACCUUAGUAAAACAAACAAAAAUAAAAAAUGAAAGGAAAAACCCACAAAAAAAUACCACAAAAAAAAAACAAAAUAAAUGCAAUUUUUUUUCUUAGUCUUAGGUGGAUGAAUUUUUUUUUUAGUAAACGUAAAUAAAACCUAUAUACAUAGAAAUAUAUAUACAUGAAUAAUUUAUGUAGCUCUUAAGUACCAAGAUACCGUAAACACUCAACAAACACACAGACACAUGCAGCACCACCUCACAAUCACACACUCACUCACACACACACACACACACCAGUGACGAGUUUUCUUCGUAGACGAUGGAAAAUGCUUAUCGAAACAAAAACUAUAUAAACUAUGAGAGCUUGAGUUUUCCUAAUUUAACUAUAAUAUUUUUUUUUGUCCAUAUUUUUUUUUUGUACUUUUAAGUUCUAAAAACCAAAGAAGAAAGUAAUCAAUUUUUUUUUUCGUAUUUUUAUUUUAAUUUUCGGAACCUCCUUGAGAUGCUAAUUUAGGGCACGAGUUCUGUGUGUGUUUAUAUCGUAAAUAUAUAUGCAUAUAUACUAUAAAUGUAUGAAUAAAAAAUAUAAUUUUUUUUAUUAGUAAAGUACACUUUUUUUUGUGUAAAAUGGAUUGAAAAAAGAUAAAGAAAAGAGUUGAAUUCAACGCAUGUUCCUCGCAUAAUUUAAGAGAGAGCGACAAAGACGCAGCUAACAUACACCCACACACCACCCUCUCUCACACACACACACACUCGCACACCAAGACACAUAGACACCCACGAUACACUUACACAAAUAACGAGAAAAACUAAGUAAAAAAAAUCACAAAAAAAAUAUUAAAAUAAAUUUCUGUAGCGAUUUGUUUUCCUUGUAACCCAAUAAUAAUGCAAAAUCACAUCAACAACAUCAUUAUCAUCAUCAUUAUCAUUAUCAUUAUUAUCAUCAUUAUCAUCAUUAUCAUCACCUGGCAUCAUCAUUAUUGAUGGAAGAAAAUUGAUUUUUUUUCUGUUGGUUAGCUGUUUUUUGAAAAUGAAUUAUACGCAAAAGCAAUAUUAAUUAUAG